AUGCGGCUUAGCGUGUUGUUACUGCUGAGUUUGGUUUUCUAUGGAUAUGUGUUGACCGAACCGCUACCCGUCAAUUUGGAUGUCCAAGAACCCCCUGUUACGCAAGAAGUAAAUGAAACGCACAGCAAAAUUGUGGGGAAUAGUGUGACUGUUGCUCCCUCUCAUAUUAUAACCAUCCCUUCAGAUGAUGAUGAUGCUGACAGCAGUAAUCAAGAUGAUCCAGAGAAUUCAGACAGAGAUAAAGAUAAUGCCGACAACAUUAAAACUCCGAAUACCACAGACAUAAUUUUUGGGAGUGAUUUGAAUGCUACGAAUGUGAAUGCGAUGGGUGAACUACUUCAUGGACGCUAUGAUGAUGACGACGAUGAUCUAUCAUCGACGCCAACACCACGUUCGUCGUCAUCAUGGCUAUCAUCACAAACAACACAAGUAUCAUCGACGCCAACACCACGUUCGUCGCCAUCAUGGCUAUCAUCACAAACAACACAAGUAUCAUCGACGUCACCAACACAGUCGCCAUCACUACCGUCAUUACGGAAAACGUCAUGGUUAUCGAAGCCACCAUCGCAGUCAUUAUCGUCACUAUUGUCGUCGUAAUGGUGGAUAUCGGCUUUGUUCACGUUAUCGUCGUUCGUCAUAUAGACACAGACGAGGUGAUUCGGUCUACAGUGAAUUAUCGAAAAGGAAAAACAGUGUGUUUGUGUAUUCACUUACGUCAAAUAUCUCCCGCUAGUGUUCACCUAAAUACAAUUAUACCUAUUAGUGUUCUUCAUCAUGAUUUAUAAUUAGUCGUAUUUUUGUGUUAUUUUCAAAACAUAUGUGUUGCUCUUUCAACUUCUUGUGUGUGCUUUGUUGAUUUUGUGCAUAUUUCUCUGUGACCAGUUGUUAUGAUUUUGUAUAUGAAUUCACAGUUACCUGACUUAUACGCCUAAUACAAUUCUUGAUGAUGUGCUAUAAUAAUUUCCUAAUAAUAAUAUGAAC